AUGACUGAGACUGUCGUACUAAAAUUGAGCUACUCAGGCGAGACGCACCGGUCAACGGUGACGCUUUAUUCCAACGACAUUAAAGACAAUCAAGCACUAAGCUACGAAGUUGUGCUGGUCAAAGUACGCGAGGCUUUCCCAAAGCUCUCGGACCCAUGGACACUCGUCUACCGUGACGAUGAGGGCGACAUCAUUACAGUCACACACGCGCUCGAAUUUAACGAAGCGUGUCACGUGCUACUAGACUUGACGUCCACUGACCACACGCUACGCACACUGCACUUUUCUGUCCUAUCACGCGUCUCAUUCCGUGAGAAAUUAGUAGCUCCUGUGCUUUUAAAGAUCGUUGAACUCGCUGCUUUGGCUCGAGAAGCUACUGCCAAUUUGUGCAAAAGCGAAUUACUUGGCAAAGGUCGUGACUCAAUUAUUCGUCUUGCUGAAGGUGCAGUGAUGCACGCGGGUGUGGCAAUGAACCACAUUCGUAAUAGUGACGUACUGGAACGAGGACGGGAGUCAUUGGGUUAUUCUGCAACGUUGCUUUGGUCCGCUCGUAGUGGUGUAAGUACACGUUUACGACGAGCGAGCUCAGCUGUUGCAGCUGGUAUAGAACGUCGUCGAUCCUCUAGUGGAUCAAGUCACGACAAGGGCUUUGACCCGACGGAAUUUGUAAAAGGUCCAGUCAAUUCAUCAUUGCCAUCAUCGGAAGUGGCCGUGACAAUUGAUUUGCGACAAUCUGAUCCGCUACUAAUGCCAUUGGGUGAAACACCGAACAGUGUAGAAAACAGUGAGGAGGAGUCAGCUGCGGUUAUGUCAGUAGAGGCAGUAGAAGAGACGGCGUAUGAAUCCGACACGGACACUUUAUGUGACGAAGAGGAUGACCGUGGAGAAUGGGGCAUUCUGAACAACUCUGCGUCGACUGAAGCUAUUGCUGAGACUAGUGGUGAAUGGAUUCGUGAGCUUGAUAUGCUUCGAGGGAUUCUUAUUCACGUCGAUGAAGAAGUCUGCUGUGAUUUGUUGAGUCAAUACAAUGGCAACAUUGAGGCAGUUUUGGUCGAGCUGACGAACGUGUGA